CGGCGCCGACGUCAAGAUAUUUUCGAGCCUUCUCGCCGACCUCGGCUCGGCGUCACCGUGCACGGAGCCCCAGUCUCGUCGCUGCUGCCCCCGCGCGCGGACAACGGGACAAGGGAGCAACUGUGCAAGUCAGCGAGAGGAGUUGGAGCCGCUGCCGACUUUGGAAGGGAGGCUGACACCCCGGGCCCAGUGACCGACAGUCCAUGUGCGGCUGCCCUUUCCUCUCAUCUUGGGCUGCGGAGAGCCUGAAUUCCUUUUAUAAAUUGGGUGGGUGACCGUGUCCAGGGCUCUCCCGGCCACACCCUGCCCGUCUUCUCCCGGCCCAUUACGCGAAAGCAGAGGCGGGCAAGGAAGGAGCAGCGAGCGCCGGAGAGCUUGAGCUGAGACUUGCGCCUGCGCGCUACCCGUUCAGCGAGUGAAGAUCCAAAUGGCGCGGAGAUCAGCUCACGCCGCUCUCUGCUCACUUGCUCUGCUCCUCCUGCUUCCAGCCGCGUGGUCCGCGACGUUCACGAUGACCAACAACUGCGGCUACACGGUGUGGCCUGGCCUGCUGUCGGGCGCCGGCACGGCCCCGCUGUCCACGACGGGGUUCUCGCUGGCGCACGGCGCGUCGGCGACGGUGGACGCCCCCGCGAGCUGGUCGGGCCGCAUGUGGGCGCGCACGCUCUGCGCCGCCGACGCCGCCACGGGCAAGUUCACCUGCGCCACGGGCGACUGCGGCUCCGGCAGCGUCCAGUGCAACGGCGGCGGCGCCGCGCCGCCCGCCACGCUGGCCGAGUUCACGCUCGACGGCUCCGGCGGCCUCGACUUCUUCGACGUCAGCCUCGUCGACGGGUACAACGUCCCGAUGCUCAUCGUCCCGCAGGGCGCCGCCGCCGGCGGCAGCAACGGGUCCGCCGACUCCGGCAAGUGCAUGGCCACGGGCUGCCUCGUCGACCUCAACGGCGCGUGCCCUGCCGAUCUGAGGGUCAUGGCCACCGCCUCGGCGUCCACGGGCGCCGGCGCCAGCGGCGGGGCCGUGGCGUGCCGCAGCGCGUGCGAGGCGUUCGGGACGCCGCAGUACUGCUGCAGCGGCGCCUACGGCAACCCCAACACGUGCAAGCCGUCGACCUACUCGCAGUUCUUCAAGACGGCGUGCCCGCGCGCCUACAGCUACGCCUACGACGACUCCACCUCCACCUUCACUUGCGCCGCCGGCACCAGCUACGCCAUCACCUUCUGCCCGAGCACCACCAGCGGGAAGUACUCCGGCGAGAACCCGCAGGCCGCGGGCCUGCAGCCCACGAACGGCAGCAUGGUCUACCUCGGCGGCGAGCAGCUCGACACCGGCGACGCCCGCAUCGGCGCCACCCAUUCCUCGCCGCUCAUCUUCGCGGCCGCCGCCCUCGCCGCCGUCGCGCUGCUCUGAGCCGGCCGGGCAGCCGCCACUCCGUGUGAAACGGCGGGGCAAGAGUCGUCGCCGACUCGCCGUUGUACAGCAGCGAGCGCACCCGCCACCUGCUGGCGCGCCUUGUCCUUGUCCGGCGCGCCGCUUCCGGCCUGACGGGGGCAGAGAUAAGAUUCGAGAGGACAAAAUGGGGGGCUCGCCCCGCCCUGCCCAUAAGGAUGGAUUCGGAUGUCUGAACAUCCGAAUUAUCCGUAUUCGUAUCCGCUUAAAACGUAAAUAUGAAUAUCCGUAUCCGUAUUCGAAUUUAAUAUGGAUGUCAUAUGGAUGCAUCCGAAUUCGAUUUUAA